AUGGCCCCGAGCGAUGUCGAGCGACAAGUAUCCUCCAUAUCGGAGAAGACACAGUCUACAAAUGAAAGUAUCUCAAUUGAGGCCCUACCAGAUGCACCAGAUGGUGGUCUUAAAGCCUGGCUAGCCGCAGCUGGAGGUUCAUGCAUCUUCUUUGCUGCCUUAGGGUUUGCAAAUGCUUUUGGAGUCUUUGAAGAGUACUAUCUGUCGCACCAGCUCAUCGGAAAAUCCGCAGAUGAUGUGGCCUGGAUAGGGUCUCUGGCUGCAUGUCUUCAAUUCGGUGCUGGAGCGCUUGGAGGUCCAUUGUUCGAUCGAUAUGGUGCUUGGGUCAUUCGGCCUGCUGCUGUCCUAUACAUUUUUGCAAUCAUGAUGACAAGCCUAUGCAAGGAAUAUUGGCAAUUCAUUCUUGCACAAGGUAUUCUUAUGGGCUCUGCCAUGGGGCUGAUUCAAUUUCCCGCCAUGGCGGCUGUGACUCAAUACUUCGACAAAAAGAGAGCUGCUGCUCUGGGAGCAGUGGUAGCAGGAUCCUCAAUUGGUGGUGUGGUCAUGCCGAUCGCACUUUCGAAAAUGUUGAACAGCACCAACCUGGGUUUUGGGUGGUCUGUACGGGUAAUUGGAUUUAUGUUGAUUCCCGUGCUUGCCUUCUCAACUAUCACGGUCACGGCACGUCUUCCGCCACGCAAAUCUGCAUUCUUCAUGGCCAAGCCAUUUAAGAACUUCAAAUUCUGCCUCAUCACCGCUGCUAUGUUUUUCACGUUCAUUGGGAUGUUUGCUCCACUCUUCUAUCUUCCUACUUAUGCGGUGUCUCGAGGCAUGGACGCUACCCUUGCCUCGUAUCUGCUCGCCAUUCUCAACGCAGCAUCAACGUUUGGCCGCAUUAUUCCUGGGAUCUUGGCUGACAAGUUUGGCCGGCUGAAUGUCUUCGUGUUUGGUGGGUUUGCAACAGGGGUAGUCAUAUUCUGUUUUAAUCGAGCUGUGUCCACGGCUGCAUUGGUCGUCUACUCUAUCGCGGUGGGGUUUACCUCUGGAACUAUCAUUUCUGGGGGAUCUGCAGCCCUUACCAUCUGCAUCGAGAGCCCUCAGGAGAUUGGAACUUACAUGGGGAUGGCCAUGGGCUUCGCUUCGUUCGCCGCUUUGAUUGGACCUCCUAUUAAUGGAGCAAUGAUCAACCAUUAUCACGGGUUUGGUGAGAUGUCAUAUUUCAGCGGCUCCAUGACAAUUCUAGGUGGCUUUGUUGCACUUGCGGCCAAAGCUGUGACCCCACAGGGAAUCAUUGGAAGAACAUAG